AAAGUAAAGGCGCCAAUAAAUUGUGAGUAGUGGUGGUCGAUAAGUCCUGAAAAAAAAAAAAAGGACACAGAGAGUAGUGGAGGGUGAGAUAGACGUGAGGGGCUGGAAAACAUCUGUGAUAUUCCACUACAGAGCAUGCAGGCUAAUUCUGUCAUUUUAUGCAUGUGUGUACAUCACAUGCCAGUGGCAACCCGUCUCAGAUUCAAGACCUCCAGUUCAGACAUUGCAGAUGGUCACACCAAGUUAUCACACUGGUUUUGAUAAGUGAACACCAGUGUGUAGUUUUGCCCACAGCAAAUUUGACUCUCUGUCAUUCUAUAUAAACUGAGAUUACUAAUAAAGUUGUGCUGAUUUCCAAAAAGCUUACAAUCACAAGCAGUUUCUUUACAAAAUAGGAAAUAAGAUUUUUCAAAAUAUACAUAUUUAAAGCACUUAUCAAAAUAAAAGCAGUUUUAAUGACAAAAAGACAUUUAAUAUUUUGAGUCAGUUUUUGUUUUUAUAUUUUCCAUUUUUAAGUUUUUAUUAAGUUUUAGUUAUUUUAGUACAUCAAGUACUUUAUUUCAAUAUUAUAAAAACCCUGCUUACAAUCUGUGGAGGAAUGGAAAUACUCCAUUUACCCCCUGUUUCACAGACAAGGCUUAAGCCUAGUCCUAGACUAAAAUGUAAAUCUGAGCUGUUUCAACUGAAAGAAAUUUGCACUGACUGAUCUUAAAAUAUAUCAGUGCCUUUGUUUUGUCUUAAGAUGCACACCAGUAAUGCUUUUUUCUAAGCAUGUUUAUAAAAAUUACUUAAAUGUCCUAAUUGAACUAUGGCCUAAUCCUAGUUUAGGCUAAGCCCUGUCUAUGAAACCGAGCCUUAAUGUCACAUAACUUUUUUUUUUUUUUUCACAAAAUCUGCAAUUUUCUCUUGCUGUGUGGAUGUUGUUAACAGUGUUAUUAUAGUUAUCUAAACAACUGUACUAAAACUGAAACAAAAAUGAAUAAAAACUAUAGACGUGCAAAACAAAGACAAAAACACAACAAAAUGACUAAAAAUGUAAAAUUAAAAUGAAUUAAAAAAAAAGAUAUGAUACAAAAAUAUAAUAACUCAAUAUAAUAAUACAAACUAUAACAGUAUCUCAAUGAUGCUAAAAUAACAACUGUAGUAAAACGCCCACAGAUAUAGCAGAAAACAGCUGGGCUAUGUUUGCAUGUGAUAAUUUUAACUUUGGUUUAGUCAUAUAGUCAGUAUCUUCAAAAUCAUUCUUAUAUGAGAGGAAAUUGAACAGAUAGUUCUAACCUGGCUCAGAGGAAAAUAUGAAUCAUGGUUCAGGUAUUAGAGGAUAAUAGAAGACUUCUUCACCUUACAUAUGGUUGUCAAAAGCAAAAAAUGCUAUGAAACGUGAAUCAUAUUAUGUGAGAAAAUGUGACAUGCUAAAGCAAAACACACAGUUUGGACUUUGGCACUUUGGAAGCAGCACCUCAAAAUGAAUAAGAAAUAAGUAUUGGAUUUCCUUCAGCAAAAUUGUUGCAGGGUGGUGUUAUCGAUAAAUGAAUGGCAGUAGUUCAACAUUGCCUCUGGCAUGACACCCUGUCAUUUCAAUGUCAUAUCUAUCCAUACUGUUUUGUUUUCUCUGUCCAUUUGAGGCAGGGGAAACAAAGGCGGCGCUGGCAGUAGUAACAGGCUAAUAUUGGCUACAGAGGGCAGCUGACCGGCUGCCUCUUGUAUAUUUAGCUCAGGGCCAAUACAUGGGAGAGGUGUAACAGACAUUGGCUGGCAUUCACUUCUCCUAAAGGCGUGGAUCUAGUGUGUGUGUGUGUGUGUGUGUGUGUGUGUGUGUGUGUGAGCGAGAGAGAGAGAGAGAGGCGGGGAGAGAGAGCAGUAGUGCGGGACUGCCUCAGAUCACUCUUCGGUCCUAUUGGAGGUAGACUGCAGCCGGCAGCAUGAUUCUGUUCACACUUGGACUAUAUUUUCAACUCCUCUGCUAUGUGGCAUCAUUCUCUUACGUGGAUAAUAUAUUCCCUCUUCCAACAGAUCUCCAGUUGCUGGAAACCAGGAAGAAAUUCAACCCCUGCUGUUUACUGAGUCCACCUCCGCCCCCUCUCUUCCCUCCACCCCUUCCACUGUGGCGGCAGAGCCCUCUGACUGAGACUGAUGUUCCACCAAUUGUCCCACACAAUCCCACACCUCACACAUGCUCCCCAGGGCCUCAGGGACCAGCAGGACCUCCUGGCCCUCAGGGUCCUGCUGGACUGCCAGGACCAAAGGGACCAAAGGGAGAUAAGGGUGAAAUUGGAAGACCCGGACAAAAGGGACGCACUGGCCCUCCUGGUCUCCCAGGACGACAGGGACCAAGCGGAUGGCAAGGACCAACUGGGCCUAAAGGGGAGAAAGGCGACCCUGGGCUGAUGGGAAUGCCGGGGGCAAGAGGACCAAUUGGACCCAAGGGCUUAUCUGGACAUAAGGGAGAAAAAGGUUCACAAGGUUUCAGAGGUGAAAUUGGCUUAAAAGGUGACAAGGGAUCAAUGGGUCUUCCUGGAAUGCUUGGCCAGAAGGGUGAAAUGGGCCCAAAAGGAGAACCUGGAAGCUCAGGGAACAGGGGACCCACCGGCCGCCCAGGAAAAAGAGGAAAGCAGGGUGCAAAAGGUGACAUUGGGACAACUGGACCCAUGGGUCCAGCAGGCCCUCAGGGGGCCCCUGGUCACCCUGGCCCUCCUGGUUUGCCCGCCUCAGGACUGUACAUGGUAGGACAGAAAGGAGAGAAGGGACAACCUGGCAGCCUGGGACGCUGCGGCUGUAAUGUCCCCUCCUUUGACCACUGGGGCAGCUAUCCCAGAGUGCCAGUGAUCUUUGUGGUGAAUAACGAACAGGAGCUGAACCGCCUCCAGACUGAUAAUGCUUUGGCCUUCCGUAAAGAUCAGAGGUCGCUUUACUUCAAAGAUAUUGGUGGCUGGAUGCCAAUUCAGUUAACACCGUUCCAGUCGAUGGAGCGUGAUCCUGACCAGGAGGGUUUCUGCGGAGACAGCAUCGUGCAAGUCGAGAACGGAGAGGAGUGUGAUGAUGGAAAUAAGGUGGUCACAGAUGGCUGUGUCAAGUGCAAACUUGCUUAUUGUGGGGAUGGAUAUCGCUAUGAAGAGGCAGAGGAGUGUGACGGAAAGGAUUUUGGCUUUCACACAUGCAGAUCCUUUUUGCCUGGAUCUUAUGGACACCUCAAGUGCACAGCUGACUGUUUCAUUGACUCAACAAACUGCAAGUAUUUCACAUGAGGACAAAAGAAAGUAGUGUCUCGUUUCAGCUGGCGAGAUCCAUAUAAACGACAACCGUAGAUUCAGUGGAUAAACUGAGAGUAGAAAUCAUUGAUGGAAUUAUCACAAACACAUUAGCUGAACUCCUCUGUUGACAUGAUGCUGAGGGGCCAUGUUGCUCACUCGGGAAAGGAACGCUUGGCAAAGCCACGUUUGUGCUCGCGCUCUUAAGAACUCUAACAGGACUUCAGACGCCAUUCUCAAUUCAUUCAGCCUCUGCUGCCUGCCAUUCGGCCCUGGCUCAACGUUUGGCCAGCGUGGUUGGCUGCACUAAGAGGAAACAGGUGAGUUGGUUGCCUGUUGGAGAUGGGUAAAGGACUUCUCAAUACCUCAAAGUACUGUAGUACUGUUUCAGAGAAAAGCCGUUUUCUCCUGGUCCACCCCACCUUCCCUCACAUAGGGUGCUCUGUAUGUGGAAUGCAAUGUGACGUUGUUACUAUAGUAUUUUGCAUGAGGCUGAGAUUGCUGUAGACAUGUCAGCAGAGAUCAUUAUCAAGGCAUGUAACUGAAAAAACAAAAGUGGCUCAUAUCUUUAAAUGUAAUAUUAUGCAGGCUUAGACCAAACUGGUGUUUGGCCUUGGGAGAAACCUAAUAAUUUCAUUAUCUUAAAUAACACUGAUGUACAUUAGGUUUAGUACAGUUUUGCAUUCUGGGUCCAAAAUUAACUCGUUGCCAUACAGCCCAAUAAUGGGUAAACUGAAGAAAAAAUGGAAUUUAAGAGCUCAUAAAAUGGCACAAUUAUAAGCCAAAUGACUGUUAAAUUGACAAACAUCGCUUGAUGGUUGUUCAGAAGUGCCAGCAUACCAUAUACAGUACCAACAUUCAGUAUCUUCAAUAUUUUUUGAUACUAAUCAAACUUAAUGUUGGAGUCAAACUCAGUAACAUCUCUGAAGUCUGAUUCAAACACCUUACUCAAAAAUAAAUUCAAGGCAGCAUCACAAAAAAAAUGUAGAAAUGUGUUUACCAAUACAUACAUAAAUUGUGACUGGAAUGAGAACGUAUAUUCUGAUUGGAACUCAUCCUAUAAUGAUGCUUUUUUUCAUUUCUUUGCAAAUUGGACGUCACGGUUUGUCAUCACAUUCAAGAAACACAAGAAAUCACACAUGGAUGCAUAUCAACUAGACUUUUUUGUUGAAACAAUGUACAUUUUUGUCACAUUUGCAACCAUUUUACUCACCCUUACAUGAAACGCUACCUCUCAUAAACCAUUUAUACACUCAUUUUAGUGGUUUCUUGCAAUUUGCAUUAUUGCAGUGAGCCAAAUGGCCAGUAAAACCAUUUACUUAAGCACCAAAUUCACAUUUUAUUUCAGUUUGGCGCAUGGCAGGUGUUAUUUUUGGACCCUGGGGAUAAAAUGUGUGUUUUCACAGACUAUUUAAUGUAAAAAGGCUGCAUAAAUGUACUUAAAAACUAACCACAAUAAUGCUACUGACUGACAAUAUUUAGGAUGUUUAAGAUUAGAAGACCCUGCUUUCCAGGCUCUCAGUAUGUUUUAUGGGGUCAUACUUAGUUAACAUUUCCAUCAUAUCUCAGGAAACCACUUAAAGAUAUCCAUAACCCCUCCACCUCCAUGUGUGGAGUAGGGUGCACAUAUUCCACAGUUUAGCUUAGUUCCACGCUGUUGUUUAUUGGAUUAUGGGUCUGAAGAUCUUAGAAUAGGGAGGAAAAACCAACCUAACUAUUUUACAAGGUGGCGAUUUGUUUGAAUUCACACAAUGUGAUUUUCAGAAAACAGUAAGCAUGAAGCUCCAUCCCUAAACCUAACCGUCAGUGGGGUGUAAACAGAUUACAAAUUUAUUCAAUAUAGUCAUCAAUUCGCCAAAAUGCGAAAUAGUUUGGAAUUACCGUGAGGUUGUGUUGGAAAAACCAUUCAGUAUGUGAAGGCUCUACAGCUGUUAUUGAACAUUUUGUACUGUCUGCUAUGGUAGGGGUAGCAUUUUGCUGCUAUUCAGGCUAAAGACUGUUGGAUUAAGGCUGGACUGUUUUUGUCGUCCCAAAGGCUUUAAACUGAUUUAUGCCAAAGUCCAGUCUGAAUAUACCUCAGCAUAUACGAUGUGCUUUAGCCUUUGUGAUUACAGGACCUGAGGUGUAGCAUACAGCACUUACUUACUGUUAAAUUCAGUGCUUAACUAUCUUUGAGUUUUUUGAUCAAGCCAGUUUUCCAUAAGCUAUAUGAUGCAUUUGCUACAGAAACCUCUUUGCUUACAUUUCUGGGGUGAUAUUCCUGACUUAUCUGUAGAUUUCAUGUAAAAUAUUAUGGAUGUAUUAUCGAAAUAAGUGUCUUGAAUUUAUUAUUCUGGUGAAACCGCAUGUUUAUAUUGUAUACUCUUGUUCAAAAGAGCAAAUUUGCCAAAUACAUUGAUGGCUUAUGACAGGCAGGCGUUUUUGGAGUUAAAGUGCAUUUAACUGACUGUUAUCCUCAGAUUUGUUCAAAUUGAGGAAAUGUUGUUAACAUCAAAUAUUGCACAACAAAUACAAAAGAGACUGAAUGUUUUGUCCUAGUGUAAUUUGAAAGCUCAGUAUUAAAACUUGUUUGAUACUGUCCUGUAAUGAUGUUAAAAUAAAGCUUGAAAAGCUAACUUUUACAGUAUCACUGUUGUUUAUAUUGUGGACCCAUUCAUUUUCUUCUCCUAAACAUGAAUUUUGUGAUUUUUGUCUUCAUAUUCUUUCAUCAAAAUGUCACAAUAUAUUACACAAUAUUGUCAAUGCUAGUUGCUCAAAGUCAGAGCCAAUCUGUAGAUUUUGAACAGUCAGAGGUGACCGAUUUAGCAUAAAAUUAACAAGUUGUUCAAGUAAUUUUUGAACACAACAAACUCGGGCAGAAAUAUGCACCUUGUUGCUAUGAGAUGCAUGACAAAUGUAUUAAAAAAAAUUGGCUGAAAAUAUUAAACAUGUUUGAUAUCCUCAGACUGGAUGGAAUUAUAGUGUGAAUCUAAAAAGCCGGACUGCUGAAAAACUGCAGAUCGUCUCUGCGUUCACUCAGGGCGAAAGUUAUGUAAUGUAUUUGAUUCUUUACAUUUUUGACAAUUUUUGUUUAUUUUGCUCUGCCAGAAAAAUAGUUCCAAAUGAAGGCAAUUGGUUCACUCAUAAAGGCAGAAAAGGCUACUUUAAACCCCUCUCACUGUACUUUUCACUUUGUGAAUCACUCUGUGGUCUGUGUUUGUGUACUGUCAGACUGAAUUUUCUGUUCUACAGAGGUGGAUUAUGAAUGUUCCUUUAUAUUGACUGAAGUGAUUCUUACACUUUAAAAAAAAUGUGAUAUCAGGGUUGGCAAGCCUUCAGAGAACAUCGUACUGCUCUCAUUGCUGAGUUUUUGUUGCUCAUCAAGGUGCUGUAGCUGACUAAGCUAUGUGCUAGGCUUAGAUCACAGCCAGCCGCAGUUAUAUCAGCAUUUCUGUGCCGAGUCUCCAGCUCUGCUGCUCAGAGACUGUAUAUGUGGGCGUGAGGCCUGACAGUGAUUGACACUGUAUUGAUCACGGAGGAGACGGAAGGUGACAGAGAAAGAUAAAAGGGAUGCUGUCGACAUCUUUCCAGGAAAGAAACACUUUGUGCCAGUGGAAGAAUGGACCAUACAGCCCGAAAAAGUCUUGUGUAAUGGCUUUGGCCUGGCAUUUUUUUUUAUUGUGUGUGUGUGUGUGUGUUUGUAAAGGUCGGCAGGAACCCUGAGUUGGGUACACUGAUUUUUGAAGAUGGUUGCCGUUCAGUAACCAUAUUACGCAGCCAUAUCUUUACCCACUAAUCACAUUACGGUAAUUUGCCUGCAGAUGAGCUAGGCAAUAUCUUAUAUAUGCAUUGCAUAACGCAAUCUGAUUUUGAACUUUGUUGGGAACAUGCCAGUAUGAGACUUUGAAGAGGGGGCCGCAUGGAACAGGGUGUGAGGUGAGACCCCCGUUGCAUUUGCAGGGGCUCAAAUGGGGUCUUAUUUAGCCAAAGCUGCCCAGGACUUUCCAUUGAGGCUGGGUGGAAACUUUCUAAUAAUCUUAUAGUCUGGAAUUUGAAAUGUCUGCUGGUGAAAUCCUAAACUGUGUCCCAAAUCGCUACCUAUAUAGUGCACUGUUUUCAGGGUAGUAACUGAUUAAAUGUAAUCUAGAUUAUGUAAUCAGAUUCCAAAAAUAAAGUACUUGUAAUUAGAUUAUAUUACAUUUUAAAAUGCUCAUAAUCAAAUUAAUUACCUUUUGAUUAUAUAGUCGGAUUAGAUUACAUAAAAUGUGUAAUCUAAUAGACUACACUACAAAAUUGAUG